AUGCAAUCAAGACGUAAUAUUCCAUGUCCCAUUGCGAUGGGGAAUCCAGAUCCGGAACUGGUGGAGAGAGUGACGAGGAGGGAAAGGGAGAGGGAAGCACGAAGAAAGGCUAAAGAUAAUGAAAGGGUAUGCCUUCUUCUGGGUAGGGAACUACCCCCAUCCAGGCUGGGAAACCAGCAGUGGUGCUCGUGCGGAUCCUGUAAGUCGUUCACCAGGAUUCGCGAGAAUUUUCUGUCGAGAAGCACUGGAAGAAGGACAGGGCACGGAAGCGUCGAGAGGGCUACGCGAAAAGUUGAAAGACGGCAGCAUCCUUCAUUUCAAGUGGUGCUGGACCCUGAGACGCUUCGCGUACUGCUGGUCAACCUAAGGAUGGAAAGGAAGAAGGCAAAGGCACCAGUUGAGGACGAAAACAGGCGAGAUUCUUUCAGAAGAGGUGGCUGCAAAUCUGGAAUGUGUGCUGUUCAGGUCCCUUCGUUACUUGCGCCUACCGCGCAUUUGUGGCGUGGUGUUAUGGACGCCUUGGAUUCGGGAGGAGAUAUGAGCUCCCGGCCUGCGUACGGGGGGCUAUUAUGGACGCUUUCCUCCUCAAGUACAGGAGUGUACACAGGUUUCAAGGUAAUAUUCUGCUGCUGUCCACCUCAGGCUGUUGUAUUUGGAUAA